UCCCCCUUAUAUAAUCACACUUUUCUUUUUCUCUCCCCUUCAACUCUCCUCACCCACUUUCCACAAAUUUACUUUCCAGACCCUCAAAAAAUGAGAAACCAAGGCUCUGUUUUUGGCAAUGAGGCAGAGGAUGAUCAUUUGAAGAACAAGAAGAAGAAGAAUGUUAAUAAUGAAGAGGAAGAAGAAGAAGAGGAAGAUGGUGAGAAGAAGAAGAAGAAGAAGAAGAAGAAGAAGAAGAAGGAGCAGCAAAAUAAAGUUUCUUUUUUCAAACUGUUUUCUUUUGCUGAUUUUUAUGACUACUUACUCAUGGGUGCUGGAUCCAUUGGAGCUUGCAUCCAUGGCGCCUCUGUUCCUGUCUUCUUCAUCUACUUUGGAAAGCUCAUUAAUAUCAUUGGCAUGGCUUACCUCUUCCCUGAGGAAGCUGCUCCCAAAGUUGCUAAGUACUCGCUGGACUUUUUAUAUCUGAGUGUGGCAAUACUAUUUUCAUCAUGGGCAGAGGUGGCUUGUUGGAUGCACAGUGGGGAGAGACAAGCAGCAAAAAUGAGAAUGGCAUAUUUGAGAUCAAUGUUGAAUCAAGACAUCAGCCUCUUUGACACUGAAGCUUCUACUGGUGAAGUCAUUGCUGCCAUCACCAGUGACAUUGUUGUUGUUCAAGAUGCCAUUUCUGAAAAAGUAGGGAAUUUCAUGCACUAUAUAAGCCGGUUUAUAUCAGGGUUUAUCAUUGGAUUUAUGAGGGUAUGGCAAAUUAGUCUUGUCACGUUAUCAAUCGUCCCAUUAAUUGCACUUGCUGGUGGUCUCUAUGCUUUUGUGACAAUUGGUCUUAUUGCCAAAGUUCGAAAAUCCUAUGUCAAGGCUGGUGAGAUUGCUGAAGAGAUUCUCGGAAAUGUAAGAACAGUUCAAGCAUUUUCUGGGGAAGAAAGGGCAGUUAAUUUAUACAAAGGGGCCCUCAAGAAUACCUACAAGUAUGGGAGAAAAGCAGGCCUGGCUAAGGGCCUGGGCUUGGGCUCUAUGCAUUGUGUCCUUUUCUUAUCAUGGGCUCUCCUUGUUUGGUUCACCAGCAUUGUUGUUCACAAGAACAUUGCCAAUGGUGGAGACUCCUUCACCACAAUGCUUAAUGUUGUCAUUUCUGGCCUGUCGCUGGGGCAGGCUGCACCGGACAUUUCUGCCUUUAUUCGAGCAAAGGCAGCAGCCUAUCCCAUUUUUCAGAUGAUAGAGAGAAACACAGCCAGCAAAAUCAGCUCCAAAACUGGCCAGAAACUAGACAAGCUUGAUGGUCAUAUCCAAUUCAAGGAUGUUAAUUUCAGCUACCCAUCUCGUCCGGAAGUUAUUAUAUUUAACAAGUUAUCUCUUGACAUUCCUGCUGGCAAGAUUGUAGCUCUUGUGGGAGGGAGCGGGUCGGGAAAGAGCACAGUUAUAUCUUUGAUCGAACGAUUCUAUGAACCACUUUCUGGAGAGAUUCUAUUAGAUGGUAAUAACAUAAAGGAGCUGGACCUCAAGUGGCUUAGGCAGCAAAUUGGUUUGGUCAAUCAAGAGCCUGCCCUUUUUGCUACUACCAUUAGGGAGAACAUUCUAUAUGGAAAAGAUGAUGCUACCCUUGAAGACAUCACACGGGCAGCGAAACUAUCUGAGGCUUUAUCAUUUAUAAAUAACCUCCCUGAAAGAUUUGAAACUCAGGUUGGUGAGAGAGGGGUCCAGUUAUCUGGGGGACAAAAACAAAGGAUUGCAAUAUCUCGUGCAAUUGUUAAAAAUCCAUCAAUCCUAUUGUUGGAUGAAGCAACAAGUGCACUCGAUGCGGAAUCUGAGAAGAGUGUUCAAGAAGCACUUGAUCGUGUCAUGGUUGGCCGAACGACUGUUGUGGUGGCUCAUCGCCUAUCUACCAUAAGGAAUGCAGAUGUGAUUGCUGUCGUUCAAGAGGGGAAGAUAGUUGAAACUGGAAGCCACGAUGAGCUCAUUUCAAAGCCAGAUAGUGUCUAUGCAUCACUUGUCCAGUUCCAAGAGUCAGCAUCUCUGCAACGCCAUCCCUCAAUCGGACAGUUGGGUCGACCACCGAGUAUAAAGUAUUCCCGAGAAUUAUCUCGUACUACAACAAGCUUUGGUGCGAGCUUUCGCUCUGAAAAAGAAUCUCUUGGACGGAUUGGAGUCAAUGGAAUGGAAAUUGAGAAAUCAAAGCAUGUUUCAGCAAGAAGACUUUACUCCAUGGUUGGACCGGACUGGAUGUAUGGAGUCGUUGGCAUCAUUGGAGCAUUUGUUACUGGAUCCCAGAUGCCCCUUUUUGCUCUUGGGGUCUCUCAAGCUCUUGUUGCUUUUUAUAUGGACUGGGAUACAACUUGCCAUGAGAUAAAGAGAAUAGCUUUGCUUUUCUGUCUUGGUGCGGUUUUAACCAUCACCUUUCAUGCUGUUGAGCAUCUCUGCUUUGGAAUUAUGGGAGAGCGACUCACCCUUCGAGUUCGGGAAAUGAUGUUUCAUGCUCUUUUGAGAAACGAGAUAGGAUGGUUUGAUGAUAUGAACAACACAAGUGCUAUGCUUUCAUCACGUCUAGAAACCGAUGCAACUUUGUUACGAACUAUAGUUGUUGAUCGCUCUACCAUUCUUCUGCAGAAUUUAGCGAUGGUCGUUACAUCGUUCAUCAUUGCUUUCAUAUUAAAUUGGAGAAUCUCUCUAGUUGUCCUGGCCACUUAUCCAUUGAUAAUUAGUGGUCACAUUAGCGAGAAACUUUUUAUGAAAGGCUACGGUGGAAACUUGAGCAAAGCAUACCUGAAAGCCAACACGCUGGCAGGCGAGGCAGUUGGCAACAUUAGAACUGUUGCUGCAUUUUGUUCAGAGGAGAAGGUCCUUGAUCUGUAUGCUAAAGAGCUCGUUGAACCGUCGAAACGUUCGUUUAAACGCGGACAGAUUGCUGGAAUAUUCUAUGGUGUCUCCCAGUUCUUCAUCUUUUCAUCUUAUGGCCUGGCCUUGUGGUACGGUUCGGUUUUGAUGGGACAGGGGCUUGCUAGCUUCAAAUCCAUUAUGAAAUCGUUUAUGGUUCUGAUAGUAACUGCACUGGCAAUGGGUGAGACUUUGGCACUGGCCCCUGACCUUUUGAAAGGAAACCAAAUGGUGGCAUCUGUGUUUGAGGUGAUGGAUCGACAGACAGAGGUGUCUGGUGAUGUCGGUGAAGAGCCAAAUGUUGUGGAGGGUACCAUUGAGCUGAGGAGUGUUGAGUUCAGCUAUCCCUCAAGACCAGAUGUUUUGAUCUUCAGAGACUUCAAUCUUAAAGUGAGAGCAGGCAAGAGUAUAGCCUUGGUUGGGCAAAGUGGUUCGGGUAAAAGCUCGGUCCUAUCUCUUAUACUGCGAUUUUAUGAUCCAAUAGCUGGGAAGGUGAUGAUCGAUGGAAAAGAUAUAAAGAAACUCAAGCUCAAAUCUCUCAGGAAGCACAUUGGCCUCGUCCAACAGGAACCAGCUCUUUUCGCCACAUCGAUUUACGAGAACAUUCUCUACGGGAAAGAAGGAGCUUCAGAAGCGGAAGUAUUCGAAGCAGCAAGGCUCGCCAAUGCACACAACUUCAUCAGCGCUCUCCCGGAAGGCUACUCGACCAAAGUAGGCGAAAGAGGGAUCCAACUCUCGGGCGGGCAACGACAAAGGAUAGCGAUCGCCAGAGCAGUCCUGAAGAACCCGGAAAUCCUACUACUUGACGAGGCCACGAGUGCUCUCGAUGUUGAAUCGGAACGCGUGGUUCAGCAAGCCUUAGACAGACUGAUGAAGAACAGAACAACAGUGGUGGUGGCACACAGGCUUUCCACUAUUAAAAAUUGUGACCAAAUCUCAGUGAUCCAAAAUGGAAAGAUAGUGGAACAAGGGACUCAUUCAAGCCUUUCUGAGAACAAGAAUGGAGCUUAUUACAAGUUAAUCAACAUCCAACAACAGCAACAAAACACACUCAAGUGAAGUGAAGCCAUGGUGUUACAUUACAUAGGGACAAAGCCAACUCUUAUAUUAAAGAUUUUCUAUUGGGUGCUCUUAAUAUAUAUGUGUUCCCUCUCUGAUUUUUCACCCUCAUAUUUAUUUAUUUAUUGACAUUUAUGUAGCUUUUAUGUAAAUUUAAGUGGUUGUUUAACUCUCAUAAUAAAGGAUAAUACAUAAUAGAGAAUGGGUUGAAACACCAUA